UUUAUAAUAGAAACAUCGACUGCCGAUUUGUGUAUUCAUUUGUGCUGUGAUUUUGUACAAACAAUUUAUUUAUUUUAUUUAUUAAAAUUAACACGUCGAGUCUUUUAUUAUUUAUAAUAGCUUCCUCUAUACCUGUACUUUAAUUAGAAGACUGUUGAAAGCCAAAUUAAUCAUUAGUCGUUUACAUUUUUUACUUAAUUGUAAUCUGCAGUGCAGAAUUUAAAUACCUCACAUAUACAUUAUCGUAUUUCGCACAAAUUCUAUUUAUAAAACGGUGUGCGCCUCGGUGCGAUAAAUAUUAUUUUGCCGCAUAUUGGUGCAUUGCUGGUGGCAUCAUGAAGCGUCAAAACGUCCGCACUCUGUCCCUGGUGGUGUGCACGUUUACGUAUUUGCUGAUAGGCGCGGCAGUUUUCGACGCUUUAGAAUCUGAAACUGAGAGCAAGAGAUGGGAAGUUCUGUCUGACAUGAGGAAUGGUCUUAUGCGCAAAUACAACAUAACGCCUGAAGACUACCACAUGAUAGAGAUAGUUAUAAUAGAGAACAAGCCCCACAAAGCGGGGCCCCAGUGGAAGUUUGCCGGAGCAUUCUAUUUUGCCACAGUUGUGUUGGCUAUGAUCGGGUAUGGACACUCUACUCCUGUGACUGUUGGGGGCAAAGCGUUUUGUAUGGCAUAUGCCAUGGUGGGCAUUCCCCUAGGACUCGUGAUGUUCCAGAGCAUAGGCGAGCGUUUAAACAAGUUCGCGUCAGUCGUGAUACGCAGAGCUAAGUGCUAUCUGCGAUGCGAGACCACGGAGGCCACGGAAAUGAACCUUAUGUUCGCCACGGGAAUGUUGUCUAGUAUUAUUAUUACUACAGGUGCCGCGGUGUUCUCUCGUUAUGAGGGCUGGAGUUACUUCGACAGCUUCUACUACUGCUUUGUGACGCUAACGACCAUCGGGUUCGGCGACUAUGUGGCCUUACAGAACGACCAAGCGUUGACUAGUAAGCCAGGCUAUGUAGCCCUGAGUUUGGUGUUCAUCUUGUUUGGGCUUGCGGUGGUAGCGGCUAGCAUCAACUUGCUGGUGCUUCGGUUUAUGACCAUGCAAGCAGAGGAAAACGCCCGCGACGAAGAGAAAGAAGCCGCCCGGACCAUACUCCAACUCGAUGCGCAUGGUCUCGAGGGCCACCACGACGACCAGGCUUCGGUAAGCGACGUGUGCUCAUGUAAUUGCCUGGGCAGCAAGGCGUGCGAGGGCGAGCUACUGCCCGUCUCCACGCACAGGGGCUCACUGGAGAUACUUGAACGAGCCUCCGUCUGAACACGUGGCAUCAGAGAAUCGGUCACUAACUCAGUGGAGCUUUGCAAAAACAUCACCUUAACUCUUAGAGCAUUUAGUAUCUGGAAACGCCUUAGCUGUCAUUUUGUGUACAAAACAGUCUGCCGAUUUUUCCGAGGGAGGGGCACGUCAAAUGUAUGGCUAUUUGUACAUGAUUUGUACGUAACGUACAAAUAGCCAUGUCUGAUAAACGUCAGUCCAUACAAAAGUUUGCACAAGUGUGCAAGGUUUUCGGAAGAGGGGUAAGCUCUUAAAGGUGACUCCGGUUAUUAAAUGCUCUAACUCUUAACUACACAUACCUACAUAAAUAGUUUAAUACCUAAUUUAGUUUCCUGGACGAGUAUGAGCAAUUUAAAUAACAUUACACAUUACCAUAGGGUCGGUCGUGUUCAAAUAUGGUUCUAUGGAUCGGUUCAAAAGGCACUCUCUAAACUAACUAGUCUAAACUAUAG